CAUAUUUUAUACCUACCAGUUUACGCGCGGUUUCGUCAAUAUUGGUUUUUUUAUUUCUCCACCGUUUGAGAACCAAUUGUGCAAUGACGCGCAUUUUGAGAACCGACGACGACAACAACAACACUACUUGCCGUUAUCACACACAUCCCGCGUGUUACGCCGAAAAGGCGAAAAGAGUGAUAACCUGACCGUGAUUAUUUGCCGCGGCUGCCACCGGUACGACGACGUUACGCUCACGCGUAAAGCUAUUAAUUCGGCAGCGUCGAUUGCGGUUUUUUUUGUUUCGGUCCCGAAUCGAUUUCAUACGCGAUGAACACGAAAAGUUACAUCUUAGACAACGGUGCAUACACGGCCAAAGUUGGUCACACGGACGAUGAGACGCCCAAGAUUAUACCCAAUUAUAUUAUGAAGGCCAAGAGUGAACGGCGAAGAACAUUCAUCGGUGAUCAGCUUUCAGAGUGCCGAGACAAAUCGGGACUGUACUUCAUGUUGGGCUUUCAAAAGGGUUAUUUGUUGAACUGGGAUAUUCAGAAAACAGUAUGGGAUUACAUAUUCAGUAAAGAUUGUUGCAAAGCCAACUUUUUAGAAAUGCCACUAAUUGUGACUGAACCAUACUUCAAUUUUAGUUCUAUUCAAGAAGGAAUGACAGAAAUGUUUUUUGAAGAAUAUGAGUUCCAAGCUUUAUUGCGAACUAAUGCUGGAAAUCUAUCUUGUUACCAUUAUCACCACGAUAAACCAUCCACCAAAUGUUGUUUGGUUGUCGAAACCGGCUAUAGUUUUACACAUAUUGUUCCUUACAUUUUACAAAAAAAAUUCAAGCCUGGAAUGUUACGUAUCAAUGUCGGUGGCAAAAUUCUUACUAAUCAUUUGAAAGAAGUGAUAUCAUACCGACAGUUACACGUUAUGGAAGAAACAUACGUUAUGAAUCAAUGCAAGGAAGACUUGUGUUUUAUGUCUACAGAUUUUGAUCGAGAUCAUAAAAUUGCAAAAAUGAAAUGGCCUAAAAAUACUAUUGUCAGAGACUAUGUUCUACCUGAUUACACAACUGUGAAUAGAGGAAUUAUAAGAACAUUAGACGAGACCUCUGUGAGCAGAACUAUAGAUAAAGAUCAACAAGUUUUACGAAUGAACAAUGAACGUUUUACCAUACCAGAAAUCUUAUUUUAUCCAAAUGAUAUUGGGAUACCACAAAUGGGUAUAUCAGAAGCAAUCAUUCUCAGUAUAAAUUUGUGUCCAGAAGAGACUAGACCUCAUUUAUAUAACAACAUUAUUGUAACCGGUGGUAACGGUUGUUUUCCUGGUUUUGAAGAGCGUCUUACUAAAGAAGUGCGGGCUCUUGCUCCUGAUGAAUUUGAUGUUUCAGUAACUGUACCUGAAAAUCCCAUUACAUAUGCUUGGCAUGGAGGAAAUUUACUAAGUAAAGAUCCAGACUUUUUUUCGCUUGUGGUGACUAAAGAAGAAUACGAUGAAGAAGGAUUUUCUGCAUGCCAUCGAUUUGAUGUUUAAAGACAAUAAGACUGAAAAAAUAAAACAUAAGUUAUUAUUUAUUAAUUAUUACAUAUAAAUAUUGUAAAUUUGGUUUAACUUCUAUGAAACAAAGUGUAUGAAAAUACCAAUAAAAUUAUAUUUUAUGAAUUUAAAAAUAAAACUUUUUAGAUGGUGAAUUACUUUUUGACUAGGA